UCAUGGCGGAGUUGCAUGCCUGAAAUUCAGAACUCCAGAUUGUGACUAGAAGAUCAGGGGUAAUUUUUAGUGUAAAAUCGCAAAAUGAUUUAUCUCAUUCAGUUCUCUACAUGUGUUCAGAUUGACUUAUUGGAGUAAAUUAUUCCGACGGAAACGUGGUUACCUCUCGGACAUUCAGCUCUGCUCCAAGGCCGGGAUCCAUCGGUAGUUCGUCCAUCCGUAUCUGCUAACUGUUGCCUUUGAAUUUAAGAUUUUGAGACGACCUUAAAAUACUCUGGAAAAAAUGAAGAAACCAGUGAGGCCGCGAUGUUUCUUCGACAUAGAGGUGGGUGGUAUCGCAAUGGGACGCGUUGUGUUUGAGUUGUUUGCGGAUGUUUGUCCCAUCACGUGUGAGAACUUCCGAGCCCUCUGCACUGGUGAGAAAGGCCUGGGAUCAGUGACAAAGAAACCUCUGUACUACAAAGGAAUCGUGUUCCAUCGUGUCGUCAAAGACUUCAUGAUCCAAGGUGGCGAUUUCACGGUCGGAAACGGGACUGGUGGAGAAUCCAUUUAUGGUGGCAGCUUUGAUGAUGAGAACCUGGAUCUAAAGCAUGAUGAGCCAUUCCUACUAUCUAUGGCUAACUGUGGGAAGAAUACAAAUGGCUCGCAGUUUUUCAUUACCACACAACCAGCGCCUCACUUAGAUGGAGUUCACGUCAUUUUCGGGAGAGUAAUAUCUGGUCAAGAAGUCGUGAGACACGUGGAAUCUCUGCCUGUGGAUCGGAUGAGCCGCCCACUUCAGGAUGCCAAAGUAGUCAAUUGCGGUCAACUUGUACUCAAGUCGAAGUCAAAACCCAAAGCUAAAAAAGAAAAGAAGAAGAAGAAGAAGAAAGAAAGUUCAAGCAGUGACACAGAAGAUGAAAAAUCGGAGAAAAAGAAGAAAAAACACAAGCACAAAGAGGAGAAGAAAAAGAAAAAGAAGGACAGGAAAUCAUCUAGCAGUGAAUCCUCGAGUGAAUCGGAGAAUUCGUCUGAAUCUGAAGCCGAGUAUCAUCCUCUAGUUACUGUUUCUAACAUCGAUCCGAAAGAAAUCCCAGAUGUACCGCAGCCCAAAUUCCUUUACCGCAAAGUGGACAAUAAUGAGAAAGAGGAUUCAAAGAAGAAGAAAGACAAGGACUCAAAGCGGGAAGACAAGAGAGAAGCAAAGAAGAGAGCCAAAAUUCGUGGUUACACCAAGUCUGGUCGAGUCAUCAAAGGGCGAGGAGUCCUGAGGUAUCGGACCCCAUCUCGCAGUCGGAGUCGCAGCAGAACUCCACCGCACUGGAAGCAAGCUGCAAAUCGAACCAUAAAACUAUCCGAACUUGAAAAGAUGGCUUUGGAGCAGAAAGAAAGAGAGGAAGAAAUCAAGAGAAGAGAGGAAGCGAGGAAACAGCGACACGCAGAAAGAGAAAAAGAGCUAGCCAAAAAAGAAGAAGAGAGAAAACGCAAGAGAGACAAUCCAGAGAAAAGUCCUCACGGCCGAUCAAGAGAUAAGUCUAAAGAUCAAUCGAAGGACCACUCAGAUGAGAAGAAGAGCAGACCUCAUCAGUCCGAUGAUGAAAAAAGAGAGAAGAUAACUAAUGGCCAUUCGAAGACCAGUGCACAAAAUGAGAAAACUAUGGAGGGAUUAGUCGAUUACAACGCUUUGGAUUAUGAUGAAUCUGGUGAUGCUUCGGAUACCAGUCGUGGCAAAGAAAAAUCUAGUCCCAAAAAUGAUAAGAAGAAAGAAAAGGACAGCGAUGCCAUUGUAGCAGAAAUGUUCGCUCAAUUGAAUGCCAUCGAAGAAAAAGCCCACUCUUUGGAAGGCAAAUACACCAGCUCUAAAAGCGAGAAGAGCCAUCGGAAACAGGACUUGGGAGCAGACUCAGGGGUGUCGAAGACAGAAAAAAAACUGAUGGAUAUGUUCCACUCAGGAGUAAAUUUCGACAAAAACCUCUUGAAGCACAUCAAGCUCAGCAAAGAAAAUGUCAUCGAGAAAAAUCAGUUAUCGGACUCCUCCUCUGAGGAUGAUGAACCAAGUCGUACUUCACGCUUCAAGCAAACUGCUAAAGCUGAAGCGAAGGACGGCAGACGUAGGUCAAGAUCCAGAGAUCGACGAAACCGUUCACGAUCUCGUGAUAAUAGUCGUAGGCAUCGAUCUCGAUCUCGGUCGAAAGGACGAGCAGUUUCCUCCUCGCGUAAUAAACGAACUGAAGAAAAGCGACGGUCUGUAUCACGUUCCCGGAACACAUCUCGAUCUCAAAAACACCGGUCUACCUCUCGAUCGCGGAAUCAUCGGUCUUCAUCUCAUUCAAAACGUAGGAAAUCUAAGAGUAGGUCACCUCGUUCUAGACAUCACAAGUCACGUUCAAGGUCUCAUAGCAGGCGCAGGAGCCCCUCGAAAGACUCCAAGCGAAAUAGGUCAAAGUCCCCUGCACGUCAUACUAGUAGCUCAAAAUCCAAGGCCUCAGAGCAGAAAUCCAACAAUCGUAGAUCAAAAUCCAAGUCUGUGGAGCGCUCGAAAGUGUCCAAGCGUCACCGCAAGUCUAGCAGCUCCUCGUCGAGUGAUUCUAGUGUAGAUAAGUCUAAGGAUAGCGCGACCACUCGCUCCGAUAAAGCACGGAAGAAGUUGACGGAACGUUUAAAGCAUUUAGAGAAAGUGAGGGAAGCGCGAUUGAAAAAACGAUCCGCGAGUUCCUCGGACUCUGAUUCUGACUCUUCCUAUGACAAACGUAAAAAGAGACGACGCUAAACUGAAGUUUACCUCCUCUGAUCACUGCGUGCGUGGAGAGGUGUUAUUUUAUCUGUCCUCAGUUUUAUGAGUCUGAAUAAAUCGUCUGUGAUGAAUCUGAAACUUAUAAAAUGAUACUUUCUAAAAAAACGUAAAUAAUGCAAGUGAGUUGAGCUCUGUUUUAAUCAAUUAUACAACUGUUAAGGUAUUUUAAUACUUGCUUUUUCAAGUUUUGUUGCUGUCAAGGCACUUACAAUCUGACUUUAUCUCUAAAAUUGAGGAAUGAUAAUUCGGGACUUAUCAAUAACUGUCAGUUGCUGCCAAAAUAUUUUCACUGUUCUAUCAACUUAUUGUAUGAAACUCAAAUUUUCCUUGAUUCUUUGGGUGAAAAAUAAAUCCUAGUUCCAGUUUCAAAAAAUGUAAUCUUGUCGUAGGAAAAAAUCAGCAUUGGUUACCUGUAUAAUUGUUCUGGUGAAUUAAAAAAAAAGAAGAACUAUGAAUUUUUUUGCAUUAUGACUCUUACCUUUUCAACUACGCAUAAUUUUUUUUUGUUCUGUUUAAUUAUAAGCAGUGUAAAUUUUUUUUUUUUAGAACUAAUUAGUGAAACAAUACAUCGAUGCCGAGUUUAAUCACAAUUUUCAGCUUCGGCAACGCCUUGAAAGCCUUCUCAUUCGUCCUUCAAGUUGCAUCAAAUAAAAGCUUUAUUUGAUAAUUCUCCGGAA